AAAAAAACGAUUUUGACGCCCCUGAAUCGGCUCUCAUGGGCAGUCGGACACCGUUUUAAUUCCGCCCAAAGUGAGAAUGUCGUGCGGUGGCAGCGGCGGCGGAACGUGCCAAUCUCUCUGCCGCCGAACCAAAGACGACGAACUCCAGCCUCCGCCACCGUCCGUAUCAACAAAGGACGGUCGAGAUGAGCCUGGUUCCAAGGUGGAUCAAUCGCUGUGCUCUAAGUGUGGGGAGGAGAAGCCGGCUUGGAACAGCCUCUGCUUGGCUUGCUUUCGUUCCUCCCUUUUUGGCAAGUUUAAGCUCGCUGUCACCUCGAAUGCCAUGAUCUCCCCAAGCGAUAAAGUUCUCGUCGCCUUCUCCGGUGGCUCCGCCUCCAGAGUUGCUCUACAGUUUAUUCAUGAGCUACAAUGUAAAUCUUUGAAGAACUGGGAUGCAAGUAAAUCUCAAGGCUUACCAGUAUUUGCCGUAGGGGUUGCUUUUGUCGAUGAAAGCGCAGUUGGUCUUAAUCCAUCAAUUGGAAUGUCCAACAUAAUUGAAGAAAUAAAUAGCGUUGUAUCUGAAUUAGCUCCUGCUCAGAAAGAGUUGCAUGUGACAUCUAUGGAAGGGUUAUUUUGCAAGAAUUUUGAUGAUGGAAGGAGUUGUUUGAAUGAGUUGUUGGAUAGUAUUACAGAUGCAACUGGGAAAGAAGAUUUCACACAAUAUCUGCGCAUGCUUUCUUUGCAGAAGAUUGCUUUGGAUAACAAUUACACAAAACUAUUGCUUGGAUCCUGUGCUUCAAAGAUGGCACGCUUGAUAAUAUCUGCCACCGUUAAGGGUCAAGGUUUCUCUUUACCUGCCAACUUGCAAUAUGUUGAUUCAAGGUGGGAAGUACCUGUAGUGCUUCCUCUUCGUGAUUGCCUUGCGCAAGAGCUUGCCAUGCUUUGUCAUCUGGAUGGUUUGAAGACUACACAGCUAUUCAACGGUCCUGUCGGAAUCAAUGGCCUGGUAUCAUCAUUUGUUGCACGCCUACAGGAAGAAAAUCCUUCUCGAGAGCGAACUAUAGUAAGAACUGGAGAGAAGCUGAAGGUGUUCUCCUUUAACAAAUUUACUCAAGAUGGGUAUUAUGAUUUUCUACCAUCCAUUAUUCGCCCCAAGUUUCAAAAUGUUAAUCACGAAGAAUCAAAACCUGAAUUUCUCUGCCCAAUCUGUGGGAGCCCGCUAAGUGAUUCAGAAUGGAAGCAUCUCAAAGAAACUCAAGGAAUGUACCAAACUAGUAUUGAAAUGUUUGCUUCACAAUGUUGUCAAAGCUGUCGUUUUCAGAUACUCCCAAAAGACACAAGUUCUCUUGAAAAGUUCUAUUCGCUUUUACCUUUGUCAAUAACAAAUAGGAUGAAGAAUCAAGGAUGUGCUGAUCAAAGAUGGUUAAGGGAGCAGAUAGAGGAGUUCCUUAUCAAUGACGAGGAUGAUAGCAGAUGAUAGCACUUGAAACGCCAUUUUUACAUGGUAAUAGUUCUUCAUUAUUUCCUUAUCUUAAUUUGCUGACCGUUCAUAGUUCAGAAAAACAGUGAAUAUCACGUCAGGCAUAUCUAAAAUUACAGUUCUACUUCAUCUUUGAUGCGACAUAUCGCCAGCCAAUUUACAAGGUCCAUGUUUAAGGAUAAAUGACUUUAUAUUUUCUUUAUUUUAAUUUUUUAUUUGUAAUGAGUGCAUCAUAGUGCAGUGUAAGGAUGUAAAAAAAUAAUUAUUCUCAAAAUUUUAGUUAAAGUAGAAAAUCUAAUAUUGGCACGGCACA